CAUCCUUCCAUCAGGUGUUGCUAUUUGUUUUCAUGCUUGUUAAUCAUGUAACGUUUCUGCACAUAAAAACAACUUUGUUUAAAUUGUUAUCUAUUCCUUGAAUGCAAUACAGUUGUAACUUUUGAAGUCCACCAGUAUAUUUGUUUCAAAACAUUUUAAAUCAUGGUUCAUAAUUAUUCAUUACACCCUACAAAUUCUAACUUAGAUACAAUGCGAACGGUGUACUUUGCAAAUGUUCACUUGCACCUAAAAUAUGGAAUCAUAAUCUGGAGAAAUUCCCUUCAAAAGAACUUCAGUAUCAAGUACCCGACAUGAUUCUUAUAAUCACAAGUCUUAUAAUCUUCAUCGAACAAUGUUUAUUUUUUAUUGCAUCGCAUUUUGGCACAUAUGUGGGUGCAAAGUAUUGCGAACUAUUAUUUGUCCUCUCAUAUUAAUUUCAGAUGUAAUAACGAUGUUUCGAAAUGAACGGCGGAACAAAGAAGAGACAUUUUUUUCAAUAAAAGGAUUUUUAUUAUGCCAAUGCCGUACAAGGAUUCGCUUACUAACUCCCUAAUUUUAGAUCAAGAAUUUGUAUUACGUAAGUUGCCUCUGGAUUUACACAGUGUUUGUAACUACAAACAGAAUGGAAAUAAUAAUUUGAACUUUGUUUGCAUCAGGCCUACGUACAUAUAUAAAUGGUUUAGCAAACUUUCCCUUUUCACGCUCAUUGAUAACCACGAGUCUUAAUUCUGAGAAAAAAACCACACCACAACCAUACUUUGCGACAGCUAUAAAACCAUAUCCCCGUCCCCGCCCUUUCUUUACCCCUCUCCGAUGUCCUCUCUCUCGUGUUUCAUGGAACAGGUGUAGAAAGUCAUGGAAUAAGCCUUACGUGUUUUGCUCUUAGAAGUUUUUUUCAGAUAUUUGCCCUCCAAGGUUUGUGGUUGGGGUCUUGCGCUGUUGCGCUAAUGUGUUCUGCAUCGUUUGUUGCUUCGUAACUGCUUGUUCUUGUGGAAUUGCUGAAUCGGCUGUCCGUGUUCGUGUUCCUGCUGCUCUCUCCGCUAAUUGUACGUCAGUAGACUUGCCUAUAAUGGCGAUGCUUGUGAGGUGGUUGUCUGCAUGUAUUUGCGUAUUUUUGCUGGUUUCCUGUGGAAAUGGAGUCCAGCUGUCACAUGCAGGUGAAAGUUAUUACAGAUACGAUAGUGAUUCAAGAUCCAUGUUGAGUUAUUCUGAUGUUGUAUUGAAAAAUGAAGAUAGAAGUAGCAUUUUGCGAGCUAAACGAUACCUUGCUGGAGAAUUUGAUGAUUUGAGUUUGGGAAGGAUGUCCUUAACGUCUGAUACAGGAAAUGUUCAAGACUCUGGUGGGAAAUCAUCAGGUGGAUCUAAUACCACCACUACUGUAAAUGAUACUGCAAAUGGAACUUUGGAACCUGAAGCAACAAGGAUUUCUUCAAAGCCAGUUAAUGCCAGCGAACCUAAGACUGGGGGAAAUUACAUGUCGGCUCACAAUGUUUCUUCUCCUAUAACACCAAUAGCAAAUGCCACAAAUUCCAAUCAGACUGUUGUGCCGCUUGCAUCCCCUAAUGCAACUAAUGUGAAUGUGUCAACUGUCACUACUGAAAGUGUUAUAAAUGAUAACGCUACAGUUACUGAGAAGAAUACCACAGUUAAUAUGAAUGACUCUGCACCAACAUCUACAAUACCAGGGAAAAUUAAUUCUACUGUGUCAGGGGAUGAUAUUACUAUAGCCAAUUUUGAAGAUGAUAAUGUGACUUUGACUCGUCACAAUAUUACGAGUUAUAAAAACGACAGCCAUGUUUAUUACAAUAGCACAUUUGUAUCAAGCAAUGAGAAACUUGGUAAAUAUUAUUGGAUUGAUAUGGACAGCCAUCCUCAUGCACAAACAAAUGACAUGCUUUCCCAAUCACAUCGUCGAGCUGCAACUGUGAAGUUGUCAUUUGAUUUUCCGUUCUAUGGACACACUGUGAGAAAUGUAACAAUAGCUACUGGUGGAUUUCUUUAUACUGGAGAUUAUGUCCAUUCAUGGCUGGCUGCAACCCAGUAUAUUGCUCCUUUAAUGGCCAACUUUGACACAAGUUUAUCAAAUGAAUCCUAUGUCAAGUAUAUGGAUAAUGGAACCCAGUUCACUGUACAGUGGGAUAAGGUAAAACUCCAGGACAAACAAGAUUCGGGUGUGUUUACAUUUCAAGCCACUCUGCGAAAGACUGGUGAUAUAAUUUUUGUGUAUCAGAGUGUACCAGUUGUUAUUAUUGUCAGGAGAAAAACUAUUUAUGAAUAUCACAGAAUUACGUUUGAACAGUUACCUAUAUCAAACUGGACUGUUAUAAAUUUAAUUGCAUUGCCAACAUGUUUGGAAGGAACGGAUUGUGAAAGCUGCCUGAGUCGUAAAGUUGGAUUUGAGUGCUUUUGGUGCCCUAAAACAAAAAAAUGUUCUAAUGGAAUAGACCGUAAUCGCCAAGAGUGGAUAAUGAGUGACUGUGAUAGUCAGAGCAUAAACAAUGUUUCAUCUUGCCCUGCUGUGUAUAACAUCGCUGAAGUUGAGAAAUCUACAACUACUCUCCCCAGCACUCCUGAACUUGAAAUGCAGACAGAACAAACUGUUACUGCAAUUAUCGGCCUAGUCAGUGGAGCUGGAGAAGAGGAGAAGCUCGAUACACAGCAGCCACGAUUCAUAUGUGAUAUUAAUAUAAUUAUGUCCUUGCAUAUUUAAAGUAGUCUAUGUCCGUAUGAUAUUUUCUUAGCCCUGUGUUCAUUUCUUAUGUAAAUGUUAGAUCAUAUGUUAUUAUUCAGUUUCAACUGGUUGAAUGUUUAUAUUUUUUGAUUUAUAAGAUUUUUUUCUUCAGAGGUACUGCUUUUAGAGAGUAUAAUUCCUGUCAUAGCAUGUUGUACAGGCCAAAAAAUUUUAAUUCAGAUUUCGUAAGGAAAUUUUGCAAUUUAAUUUAUUUUAGGCAGUGGAAAUUUUAAUUUUCAAUGUGGUUUUAUAUCGUAUAUAUUUUUACAUGGAGGAAUUAUUUGCUGCUCAAUCAAAUAUUGUAAAUAAUUAAGAUUUUUCAGCAUAUAUCAAAUGCUCCUUUUUUAUUAUAUAUGAGGAAUAUUUUGAUUACAUGUUAUAUGAAAAUAAGUAAAAAUGCAUACUGAAUGAAUUUUCUUUAUAGAAUUGAUCAAAUUACAAGAAUGGAUAUAUGUGCUAAUUAGUGGUGUAAAUUACGUGUUUGCAGUAUAAUAUGCAUUCUGCAAACACACUUGUGAUCAUUUAUUCCAGAACGUUAAAUGCAAAUUUUUAAAAUUUUAAAUUGUUUUCCUUGGUGCUAGGCUAAAUUUACGACAUUGUAAGAUUCUUAUAAGCAUAUUUUAUUAUGAUAAUUCUCUGAAGUCUCUUGAUGCAUUGUGAAGAAAUAUUCUGGGCAGCAUGUGCAAUAGUCCUAGAGUAUUGGCAUCUUUUAUUUGUAAUCAAUUUUUAAGUAUUUGUGGACAAUUACACUUGCAGAAUUCAGAAAAUUCUGAUAUUGCGUCAUAUAACAUUUACCUUUAUGCUUUUUACAGUAUUGUUGGGUAUGUUGAGAUAUUGUUUUUUAAAGUGCUGUGUAAUAAUAGGAAACUAAUGCUUUCAGUUCUUUUGAUGAAGAAUUGUGUGAAACUUACCUCAUAUUAUAGAUUAUAAUAUGUUGAAUGAAAUUGUUUUGAGUGAGAAUCCUAAGUAUUUAUCACAUUGUAAGAAAAUUAAAGUAUGCGCAAGUGCAUCUAUUGCUGCAGAAUAAUUCUGCCCAUUUGCAUUGUGAAUCUACAGUGUUUUUAUACAGUUUUCAUGUUAUUAUUGUAUGACAUGUUAAAAUUGUACGUAAAAUGAUGUAUUUUUUGUUGAUCGAUCUUGAGACAUGAUUUAGGGGACCAAACUUACAGACGAUAUAAUUCAAUAUUGCUCUUUAUGAUGUAGUAUAUUAAACAAAACUGGAACAAUCUUCAUGAUUGUGACCAUUUUAAUUUUCUUUUAAUUCAAUUGCUAUUGACUUCGUAAGUUUACCCUCUUAACAAGAUUUCAUUGAUAUUUAUGUGUGAAGUAUCUUCCUUGAUUUUGAAUUAUCACUUGUGUAUAUUUGAACAUUAAUAAGUCCCAAAACAUUUGUUCUCCUAAAUGAUUAAAUAGUGGAUUUCUUGUCAUUAGACUGUCCUUCAUACUAACUUGCAACUUUCUGCAUUUAAAAUCACUUGUGCACUACAAUAACAUCAGUGGAAUCAAUAGUUAUUUUUCUUCUUUUUAUUAUCUUUCACCCUGAGUGUAUUUCCUAAAACUAGUUGCAAAAAUAUGCCCAAUCAUUGAAGAAAAUGAAAAUCACUUUUGUCAUAGCUCCGCAAAAUUGUUCUACCUUAUUUAAGUUUGUUGACAAAUUGAGAUGUAUUGCAAAAGCAAUUGCAGCUAAAGAAGCAAGUUUUACGCCUGCUAUGGAGAAAAAAAAACUGUUCUGUUUUGUUUGUAUGAAAAGCAAAAUUUUAAUGAUUAGUUAUUCUUUGUAUUUCUAUGGUAUUUAAAUUUCAUUUUCAAAGUAAAUAAUUUUGAAUUAGGAAAAUAAUUGGUAAACUGUGGUAGUAUCACGAGUAGAUCUGAAAUUUGUGGUUGUGAUAAAAAUUAAUGUGAAGAGGUUGUGUUAAUGUGUUCAAGUAAUUAUCACAUUCAUAAUUAAAGUUUGUAUUUAUUAUAAAUUAAAAUUUAUAUAACUUUUAUCAAAUGUAUUUCAGUGUACUAGAACCAUUUGGUUGUAAUCGACACACUUGUGGUAUCUGAGGCAAUGUGCAAGGUCUCUGUUUUCCUGAAAGUUGACUAACUUGUGAAUUCAUAUAUUUUCAUGGUAAGUUUUUGAUAGAGGAGAACCUUUCCAUUUAUUGUAUUAAUUUCAAAAUGUGCAUUGAUCUUGGAAUAUCAACUUGUAGGUAUUUUCUGCACAUAGUUUCUUGAGCCUUCAGAUCACUAGGCAUGAGAGAUGGGGUUUGGUUAUUUUGACAUUACUAUUAUAUCAAAUAUGUAGCUGGCCUUUAUUUUCAAAAUAGUUUCUAUUAUACAAGAGGAACCAAAUUUUGCGAUCAACACCCAUCACUAACAUUUAUUCUUAAUUCAACUAAUGUUAGUUAAGGAGUUGGGUACGUAUUCCGGGGCUCAAGAAAAUGUAUGUGUAUAAAAUUCAUGAAUUUCAAGACCGUCUUCACUUUUUAGGUAUUGAAGAACAGUAUUCUUUUCAUUUGUGCCAUGAUUUGUUUUCAUGUUUUACUAUUUCUUGCUGAACUUCAUGGAUGUGAUAUAUUGAGCUCUUUCAUUUUUUAUAUCAAAAUAGUUUCCUGGAUGUUUUGAGCUCAAACUGUUCAAAUAAAAUUCAACUGUUCGGUAGUUGGCACACCUGCUUCAAGUAAAAAUAUUAUCUCAGCCUUAUUAACUAACCUAUAACUCUGCCUAAAAACGUCCUUACUACAUCACUGGUGAAAAUUAAUGCUCGUAAUUUUUUCAGUCGGAUGAAAACAUGAGUUUUUGAAGAAAUUUGUCCCAAGCUCUAUCACAGAAAAUUUGAUUUUUCUCUAUGGUUGUGUGCAGAUAAUUAGGCGCUAAUACAAUUGUGAAGUAUUAUGUAGUGUAUUCUAAGUCAUGAUUUUGAAAAUACUCAUGUUUUCAAUAUUAUGACGUGAUUUCGAUUGCCAUGGAAAUUUAUUUUUAUAUACGUGAACUUUUGAAUAUUUUUUUUCCUUAUUUUACCCCCGUGAUAUACUCAACUGGAGUGUAUUUUGCCAACCUUACCUUGCAGUAAAUUUGUUAUUUUGUUUUGUUUUCUUGUUAUUAUCAGGGAGCACAGAUCAUGAAGUAAUUUGACUUCAUUGUUGUGCUCAGACCUUUUUUCCCUUCCAGUAUUGUUAUUGCAAGGUGGGCAUUUCUCAUUAUUAAAAACCUUAAUAAUUUGUCUUCUUGAAUAUGAUGAACUGUCUUUAUUUUAUUUAAAGAUGUUUUUUAAACUUGUAUUUUUAGAUUUUUUAAAGUAUUUUUUAAACUAUUAAAUUACAAUUUUAGUUUUUUUAAUGUUCUUCAAAAUGUAAUUUUUGUAAAACUGGUUCUUUAUCAUGUUAUUAAACUAUCAGUGAACUAAGAUAACUUCUUCUCUACAUUUCCUAUUUUGUGGUAUGCAAAUAGAUGUAUCAGAGGUGCACAAUUCAUAAUUUUUGGCUAAAAUGAAAUGUUCAGAAAAGUGUUUUACUAGUAAAAAUUUUAAAGGGAUGACAUGCAGAUGGAUUUACUAGACAACUGGUAUAACAGUGAUUUUUAAUAAGAAAGGGAAGUAGUCUGUUCACCUUUUUCCUGCAAAUGAAAAUUUUUUAGAUGUUACUCUUCUUGUGCACCAAUGAUAAAACUGAAAGCUUUGUCAGAAUAUCAGUGGAAUCUCCCAAGUGAUUUGCUAUUUCUUAUAAUUAAGGAUUUGCUUAUAAUGUAUGUAUUAUAUAUUAAUAUAUGUAUGUAAUUAAUGGAGUCUAAAGGGUGAAAUUUUUUUGAAGAAAAAUGGAACUUCCAUUUUUGAAGGAAAUGUAAUAGUUGCUUCUCAGCAUACCUUCCUUUAUGCUUACUUUGUGUGUUAUGCUUUUUUCUUUAGAGCCUUUGCUAAUCUUUUUCUUGGGCUUCCAUUGAUGGUAUACUCGCAUGUGAAAGAUGAAUAUGCUUUUAACUGCACUUUUCCAGAGACAAUAAUAGGCAUUUUAUUGUUGUUGUAUAGUAGUCUGUUAUUGAAGUUACAAAGGCACUUCAUGAUGACUUGGAAGCUUGCUUAUGAUUUUGUAAAUUUACUUCUGAAAUAUUUUCAGAUGACUUAAAAAAUUGAUAUUCGUUUCAGAUAUGCAUUUUGAAAUUCUGUUAAGUGUAGAGAAAAGAUGUUCCAAGGGCACAGCAAAGCAAAGAUGUGAUAUAACUAUGCAGUGUAUUUACAGACAAUUGUUUGUGAAAUCCUACAUUGGAUUGCCAAUUUCUCGUUGUAUAUUCAAUAUAUAAGUAGACAUAAGAUAUUAAUAUCUAAUUCAAGGGUAUUGUAAAAUAUGUUUUUGUGCUUCAUUUUUGUAAUGUUAUAUAGAGUAUGUCUUGUGAAUAAAAUGCAUGGAAUAUUUGCCUCGAAUUACAUGGUCCAUAAUUCUUUCAAAAUGCAUUUCUAUUCUACUAUUCUGACUUGUGUUCCAAUUUUACUUGCAGCAGUAACAUGUUGGCAAUAAUGAAAUAUUACCAAAAAAUUAUAAUAAUUGUAAGAAAUUCUUCCUUACUUGAUCCUUAAGAAAAAAUAUAAACUUCUUUUUCCUGAAAAUGUAUUACAAAAUAGCCUUAUGUAUAUAUUAGUAUUGUAAGGGCUUGUUGGUUUGGAAGUGGAGAAAGUUAAUUGAAAACCAUUUCAAAUUUUGUUACACGUGUGAUUUUUUUAUUGCAUGUUUCUUGCAAGUUUUAUUUGAAACACAAAUAAAAUCAGGAUUUGUUAUGAAAAGCAGGUACAUGUAAAAGCAUUCUUGCUAGUUACCAUUUUGAAACAAUUGACAGAAGGAAUUGAUCAUCUGAUCGAGACACUUUGAGAAUGAUAAAAAUUUGAUUUAUGACAGUUAUUGAGAUAUCAAAAAAAUUUGUGAAGUAUGUUGUUCCUAUGUUAAUAUGUAUGAGAAUUAGUUUAUUGAAAUGUAAAAGUAUGCAAAUAUGAAUAAAUUUGCCAUUAAAUCUACCGU